UUCAAUUAGGAGGAGUCCGCGAAAGUUAAAAUAUCAAAAAAGUAUCUUUGGAGCCUUUUAAGAGAAGAACGUGCAUAUUUUCUUCUGAUUUCUAUAAUUCUUGAUGUACUUACCCCAUAAAUUCAAUAUACCUCUUUAUCUGUGAAAUGUGAACAAUUCAUGGAAUUGUAAUCAGUUUUCGCGAUACAUCUUAUUUAUCAAAACUUUUUUUUCCGUUACGGCCAGGCUUGUAUUGGAAUUUCCACAGUAGAACAUUUUUUUUUCAGAAUUGUAGGAGUUUCUCUUUACAUUGAAAUGAUGAUUAACAAAGUACAACGUGUAGCUCGGGUAAUGUUUUCCAAAUACUUGUUGGUGACAAAUACAUGUACAGCAUCCAGUUUGUUGGGACUUGGAGAUUGUAUCAUACAGCAAAUAGAGAGGCUGGACAAUCAACAUAAAACUUACAACUUUCAAAGGACUGGUCGUAUGUGUACAAUGGGAUUGCUGUUUGGACCAGUUACACAUGUUUGGUACAAAAUCUUGGACAGAUAUCUUCCAGGUACUGUUCUACGAACAGUUGCUUCAAAAAUACUAGCAGAUCAAGUUGUAGCAGGACCAUUCUUUUGUUCAGCUUUCUUUAUGGGUAUGACACUAUUAGAGGGCAAGUCCAGUAGAGAGGGUAUGGAAGAAGUGAAGUCUAAGUUCUGGACAGUUUACAUGCUUGAUUGGUGUAUAUGGCCUCCUGCACAGUUCAUAAAUUUCUUUUUCCUACCACCAUCAUUCCGUGUAGUAUAUGUAUCUGGUAUAACCCUGGUCUGGAACACUAUCUUGUCGUGGAUGAAACAUAAAGAACAGCAUGUUGAAGCUGAAGUGAAAUGACAAAGCUAUGAAGGAAAUACACGGGUUUUUGUAUUAAUUCCCUUAAGUCUUUCACACUUUAUUGUUGUAAUGCAGUUUGUAUUCAGAUAUAUUUUAUCUUUUAUGAUUCAGAAAAUGAAUAUCAUUUUACUUAUACCUGUUUUGACUGAAACAUGUUAAGAAUUUUUUAUAUAUGCAUUCAUGUAUAUUUUAAAAAAAGUAGCACAGAUACAAAAUUUUAAGCUUUUAUAUUAUACAUGUCUGUUAAACCAACCAAUCUUCAGUCCCUGAUAAUACAUUACUGUAGGUGACUUUACUCCUUGAUGUGAAUAGAUGACAGAAGGCAUACUAUUCACUACCUUCAUAUACCCUAUAGAUAUAUCAAAUAGGGUUAUUACAACAGUAGCCUGAUCUGGGAUGCAGUAUUCGGCUCGAGUGGAUUUUGCCAGAUCGGAUCUCACGAGGUGUGCAAGCGCAGAGUGUAAUCCAUCCUUGCAAAAUCCAUGAGAGCCGAGUACAAAAUCCCAGAUCUAGCUACUGUUGUAAUGACCAUUAUAUACCUCGUUGUUUUGUUAUUGAACAAAAUCUUAAAAAAUAGAAGUGAGUGAAGUUUUUGUGUGCACUAUUUAUAGAAUUGUGUCAGGUCACGCAUAUUGAAUGAAAGUAGUUUGGCAUCAUACAAUACAAAAGGUACAAUACGGAAUUUUUUUCUGCCUGUUCAUAUUUACUUGUGAAAUACAAGCUGUAUUUUUGACAUAAUUCAUAUAGGUGUAUAAUAAAUGUUGAUAUUCACAAAUACCUUAAUAUCAAAAUAUUGAAUACCUACUGAAUGUUAAGGUAGCUCUGCAUGUUUGAUUAGCUGGAAGUAAAGGCGUAACGUCAUUUAUCUGGAUAAUGUAGAAUAAAGCCUGGAUUCGGCAUAUGGAAACAAAAAUCAUUUUUUGAAUAAAUGGCAACCUCUGAGUAAAAUUAUUAAAAUGGCAAUGUUGUUGUCAUUUUCGAUAUAAAGUAUGAUAUCAACAAAUUUUAGGUGUUACAUAAUUCCAAAUACUGUCUUAAAAUUAGAUUGAAAUCUAGCAAAAAUCAAGCACACAACCCAAUCUUUUUUAUUCGCCUAAUUUUCUAAGUACGUUUUUUUUAAGUUUUGAAAAGUCAGGUUUUAAUCAGGUUCUACAUUGAAGAAAAAAAUCAUCCAGACAUGCAGAAGUACCUUAAAAGGUAAUUAUGUUCUGUACUCCUUUAUCAUAUCAACCUUUAGCAUGUUGGCGACAAAUGAUUCUGCCUUUGUGACCAGUGCAGACCAAGAUCAGCCUGCACAUCUGUGCAGUCUCAUCAUGGUCUGCACUGUUCGCUAUUCAGUCAGUUAAUUUUCAGUGAACACCUCUUCGAAUUAUAAGUGGUAUUGCCCAAAUUGAAUGAUGGACCAGUCCAUUUUUAGAAAUUAACAGGGUAAUGGUUAAGUAAAUUCUAACUGCUACUGGUAUUGAUGAUAAACCCGGACAGAUGAUAAAGUCGACCACCUUAGAAAUAUUCGAUUGCAAUCGGUUAUUUAUAAAAUUGAACACACCAUCUAAUAGUUUUCACUUACAACACCACAAAAACAAAAUUGGUAAAUAUUCUGUAUAAAUAAAUGACUUACAUUUAUUUGUAUAAAAAUAUUUAUCCAAAAUUACUGGGGAAGAGGGUGUUUUUUGCGCAUGCUCACUGUCGAAACAUGAAGGCCUGACAUUUGGUAACUUUUCAUUACUUGAUCAGGAAUGACUGUUGCAUCUUUUUGGGGAAAGUUUCAAUAUAAUAAUACCAAGAAAAUUUUGUAAAUGACAAAGUGUUCGAAUUUAUCAUCAGUCAACGUUCAUACAGUCCCCAUUUUACAUACCCCUUUCAGGGCCUCACUUCGUGUGAGUUUGUUUACUAAAUAUAAAUUUGAAUUAUGUAAAGUUUUCAGCAAAGGUUAAGCUUUAUUUUGAUACCGACCAUGAUUACAAUUUGCAGAAAUGAAAAAGUUACACUGAGGUAAAAAAAAAACCUCAUUUUCUGUUGGGUUUAUCAUCAGUACCAGUAUAUUUGCUAUAUUGAACAUGUACAAAUGCUUGCUUUAGAUCCCUUUGCUAAAAUUCGAGUUAAAAUGGCUAGUUAUGAUUAUGACAUCGGCAUUGUACAUCUCUCUGCUUCUGCUGGCCAUUAUUACUCAUAAUAGAAUUGAUGGCCUGGUUAUCAUUUCUCCGUUUUUUUUUAUGACACUAUAUUUGGGCAUGAUUCAGUAGUGUUGUGUAGAAAAUGCCACACAGAAAAAAUGUGUCGGGUACUGAGCAAAAUGAAAAGAAGUAAAAUAAAUCAAAAAUUAUAUUCUGUAUUGGUGUCUGAUAGUGUCACCUUGUUAAUGAUUCCAUGCAAACUCACAUGGUGUAAUCACUCUCCACUACACAAUCGCUACACUUAUUGUAGUUUAUUCGUUAAUUUAUAGUAAUUAGACAGUUCUGCACAUUAUUUUCUAUUUGUCAGUCUGUUACUUUACGAAAUAUGUGCCCUAUUCUACAUUUAUAGUUUUCCAUUUUGAUAUAGAAGGUCUAAAAUAGAAUUGUUGAUGCCCUCCAUUAAAGUUUGUUAUUGGUGUUAUUUAAUGUCUUACUGAUACCUUGAAGUAUUAAUUUAUAUAGAUGUUUUAUUUUUCAACUAAUAAAUUAUGCAUGGUA